AUGGUUAUACCAGGAAAUGUUUCGCUCCCAAAUAUUCCAGCUCUGCGCAUCGACCUGGAAGGGCAUAGCAUUGACGCGUUGGUUUUCAGUCAAAAUGACAAGUCGAUCUUUGUAUCGACUAGCACGAAAGCAUUUAUUUGCACCGUGGCAACCGGCGACCUGCAGUCAACAAUAGACCUUCAAGAGGGUGAUCUCCGCAUGUGGUUAACCCAUCCAACACACGACAACUUGAUCCUGGGAUUUGGUUCAACAAACCUUCGAGCCUAUAGUUGGGUAGAUCUCAGAUUGCAUUACUUCAGCAAUUACAACGAGAUCACGCACGAUUGGCGACGAGGCAGUCGCUUCGAUAGCCACAGAGAUUCUUCUUCAAAGGCUAGUGAGCUCAGUCUGCCCCCAGUGAUAUCGGAUGACAAGUUGCUUGUAACCAGGACGGUCACAAAAGCGUUCCAAUCGCAGGAUGGAAAGCAUGUGAUCGCCUACAUCCAUGCUUCUGGUAGCGGCUUGAGUUCUCAGACACUGAUCUUCCCUCUUCGUUCAUUAGAGCCCCCAGAUGAUAAGACACCUACAAAUCUCACGUGUGGGUAUUACAGUUUGCCACUUGAUCUUUCAGCGCAAGUUUACAUCCCAUUGGGAACCCUCACUGGAUCGCGUUUUAUUUUCCUAGAUCACGAUCUUUGGCUGUGUGUAUACUCGCUAGAUCAGGUGUUCAAGAAGGUCGAAGCGUUGCAGAGAUGCUAUUUCCUUCCAAGAGAUUGGGUGGGGAGUAGUAGUCUGGCUUGCUGUAGGCUCGGCGCUGAUGGUACAUUGUAUUGGCCCCAAGAAGACCGCAUUGUCAGGAUUCAGUGCGACCUGUACGCUCCGCAAAGUUUUCUUACAUAG